GUGUCAGUUUAAGCUCCGUAAAUUUUAUAUUUUAAAAAGUAUUUUAUCAUAGCUAGAAAGUUCUAAAUGUGUAUUUGAGUGAUAAUCUAACCUACUAUUCAAUAACGAACCGUAUAAAUCUUUAAUUUAUAUACUGCAUUAGUGUAAAAACGUUACCUAAAAAGUGCCAACUGUCAAACAGCCGUGAGCCGAUUUAAAAUUCUCAACCGAACAUCUGAAAGUGUGCUAAGUGCUAAGUACGAUUUGAAGUCAUUUAUACACAAUUUAUAUACAAAACGUUAUAAUCUGGGCCAUCACGUUUAUAUUUUACAUAAUUAAUCGUCCUUCAUCUUAAAUCGAAGCUUGAAUAAACAUGGCAAACAAAUGCAACAGUUGUGGAAAGUUCUUCGGGGCGUCAGAUAGCACAAAAUGUAAUAAAUGCAAUAUAACUUACCACAGGCAGUGUAAUCAUAUAAGCCCGUCGUCCCGUAAUAAUAACAAGUGGAUUUGCAAAAUAUGUACUACUAAAACAACCUCUAAAACUGUUGAUGAUACUCAGCCUGAAAGCCAAGAAUCGGAUAACUUUGAAGAUGUCAGCACCUCCCCACAGGGCUCAACAUCUCUAAUACAAGAGAUCAAGCUUCUACGGUCCGAGUUAUCCAGCUUCCGUUCAGAGAUAUCUCGUCUAUCCACUCUGGUCUCCAAUUUUGGCUCAAGGUUGGAUAGUAUAGAGGAACGCGUAUCACAUCUUGAAUCUGAACCAUGUAUCGAGAUCGGCCAGAAACAAGUCCAACAGAAUCAGGAAUUGAUUGAGUCCCUAAAGGGAAAGCUGAACGACUCCGAACAAGAGAAACUACAAUAUGACGUUGAGAUUACUGGUAUACCUGAAUCUAAUGGAGAGAAUCUACUGCACAUCACUAUCACACUUGCACAAAAAAUUGGUCUAACCCUAGAUGAGCGAGAUAUAGCGAACGCGCACCGGCGUGGGCCUAAGCGUCUGCCUGAGUCCAGCUCGCAACCACGUCCCAUAAUAGUACGUCUCACCCGCAAACCCUUGCGUGAUAAACUACUGCAGGCGGCGCGCGUGCGACGCAGCGCCGAUACCAGCGGGACGGGGCUAAGCGGGGAUCCAUGCCGUUUCUACCUAAACGAACAUCUUACAUACGAAAACCGUAAUCUUUUUUAUCUCACACGGGAGAAGCUGGGACGCACCAAAAAUUGGCGUUUUAUAUGGACUCGUGGGGGCCGAAUUUACGCUAGGCAGGACAAUAAAUCUAAAGUUAUCAAUAUACGUACAGAGGACGAUUUGGAUAAGGUUUUUCAUAUGUGAACUAUUUUGAUGUAUGUUUUCUUUCAUUAAUAUCAAUUUUUAAUACAAGUCUAAGCUUUUAUAGGUUUGUUAACUACUACCAUAGUCUAAUUAUUGUACUUUUAUUGUAUAAACUUAACACAAAAGCUGAAAUAACUUCUCUUAAACAUGUUUAUCGCUUACCCAGAUAUAAAUAUAAUUGCACAUAUUACGUGACUCAUUAUCUAAGUCUAAUUCUAUUUUAUGUUAUUACUGCAUUGUUUUCUUUAAUAGUGUUAUAUGGCAGUGAUGUUUUUUACUACGACAGUCUAAUUAUUAUAUUUUUAUUGUAUAAACUCAUCACAAAAGCUAAAAUAACUUCUCUUAAACAUGUUUACCGCUUACCUAGAUAUAAAUAUAAUUGCACAUAUUAUGUGACUCAUUAUCUAAGUUUAAUUCUAUUUUAUGUUAUAAUUGCAUUGUUUUCUUUAAUAGUGUUAUGUGGCAGUGUUGUUUUUUACUGCCAUAGUCUAAUUAUUGUAUUUUUAUUGUAUAAACUCAUCGCAAAAGCUAAAAUAACUUCUCUUAAACAUGUUUAUCGCUUACCUAGAUAUAAAUAUAAUUGCACAUAUUAUGUGACUUAUUAUCUAAGUUUAAUUCUAUUUUAUGUUAUUAUUGCAUUGUUUUCUUUAAUAGUGUUAUAUGGCAGUGUUGUUUUUUACUACGAUAGUCUAAUUAUUACAUUUUUAUUGUAUAAACUCAUCACAAAAGCUAAAAUAACUUCUCUUAAACAUGUUUAUCGCUUACCUAGAUAUAAAUAUAAUUGCACAUAUUAUGUGACUCAUUAUCUAAGUUUAAUUCUAUUUUAUGUUAUAAUUGCAUUGUUUUCUUUAAUAGUGUUAUGUGGCAGUGUUGUUUUUUACUGCCAUAGUCUAAUUAUUGUAUUUUUAUUGUAUAAACUCAUCGCAAAAGCUAAAAUAACUUCUCUUAAACAUGUUUAUCGCUUACCUAGAUAUAAAUAUAAUUGCACAUAUUAUGUGACUUAUUAUCUAAGUUUAAUUCUAUUUUAUGUUAUUAUUGCAUUGUUUUCUUUAAUAGUGUUAUAUGGCAGUGUUGUUUUUUACUACGAUAGUCUAAUUAUUACAUUUUUAUUGUAUAAACUCAUCACAAAAGCUAAAAUAACUUCUCUUAAACAUGUUUACCGCUUACCUAGAUAUAAAUAUAAUCGCACAUAUUAUGUGACUCAUUAUCUAAGUCUAAUUCUAUUUUACGUUAUAAUUGCAUUGUUUUCCUUAAUAGUGUUAUAUGGCAGUGUUGUUUUUUACUGCCAUAGUCUAAUUAUUGUAUUUUUAUUGUAUAAACUCAUCACAAAAGCUAAAAUAACUUCUCUUAAACAUGUUUAUCGCUUACCUAGAUAUAAAUAUAAUUGCACAUAUUAUGUGACUUAUUAUCUAAGUUUAAUUCUAUUUUAUGUUAUAAUUUCAUUGUUUUCUUUAACAGUGCUAUGUGGCAGUGAUGUUGACUUUGACUCUAGUUUCCUCAGUAAUAAAAGAAAAAACAAGUUUCUGUAUGCAUGUCUGUAUGGAUACUCACAUAAGGCACGACGAGUUCCUCGUGGCGAUGCAGCGCCAUUCUGUUGAUAUAAUGGCUAUAAACGAAACAUGGCUGAGGGCUGGUGAGGAGGGACGUGCUCCUGUUGUCCCGGGAUACCGGCUGCACCAUGUACCUCGACCAACCAGUGUGCGGACCCGCGGAGGUGGGGUAGGCUUCUAUUUGAAAAAAGGGCUUCAAAUUCAAUUACGCCGACACUGUUUAUGGCCCCAGACUUCUUUCUCGCACACAAACAGCGAUACAGCGGGUACAAAAUGCGUGUGCGCGUUUUUGCUGGGACAUCCCUCC